ACGCCCUUGCUUGUCUAACAGUGUCCAAGAUGGCUGCGCUCGUGGGUAUCCGUGCAUGCCUGUCCGCCCUCCAGCUCUCCUCUCCCGGUCUCCUACACAGCUCCUACAAACUGUGUGCAGUGCCUCUGUUACAGAGAGGCUUUGCUGCUGAGGCAAAGAAGAAGUUCUCCAGAGACAAACCCCAUGUCAACAUUGGAACCAUUGGGCAUGUAGACCAUGGCAAGACCACACUGACUGCUGCCAUCACCAAAGUGCUGGCAGAGGCAGGCGGAGCUCGCUACAAGAAGUAUGAGGACAUUGACAACGCCCCCGAAGAGAAAGCCCGAGGAAUCACCAUCAAUGCUUCACACGUGGAGUACACCACCGCCAACCGACACUACGCCCACACAGACUGUCCAGGCCAUGCUGAUUAUGUCAAGAACAUGAUCACGGGCACGGCCCAGUUGGACGGCUGCAUCCUGGUGGUGGCGGCGACCGACGGGCAGAUGCCACAGACGCGCGAGCACCUGCUGCUGGCGCGUCAGAUCGGCGUGGAGCACGUGGUGGUGUUCGUCAACAAGGCCGACGCCGUGGACGACAAGGAGAUGCUGGACCUGGUGGAGCUGGAGAUCCGCGAGCUGCUCACCGAGUUCGGCUACGAUGGCGAGAACACUCCUGUGGUCGUCGGCUCGGCACUCUGUGCACUGGAGAACAAGCAGCCUGAACUGGGUGUGGAUGCCGUGAUGAAGCUGUUGGAGAUUGUAGAUUCGUACAUCCCGCUGCCAAAGAGAGAGCUGGACAAACCGUUCCUGUUUCCCAUUGAAGGAGUCUACUCCAUCCCAGGUCGUGGCACUGUGGUCGUAGGCACACUAGAGAGGGGGGUCAUUAAGAAGGGUGAUGACUGUGAAUUUGUGGGACACAACAAAUCGGUCAAAUCUGUGGUUACUGGCAUAGAGAUGUUCCAUCAGUCCCUGGACAGGGCAGAGGCGGGGGACAAUCUGGGGGCACUUGUCCGAGGGUUGAAGAGGGAGGACAUCAGAAGAGGGAUGGUGAUGUGCAAACCCGGUGCCAUCCAGCCGCACCAGAAGAUCAAGGCACAGGUGUAUGUGCUGAGCAAGGAUGAGGGUGGAAGACACAAGCCGUUCGUCACAAACUUCAUGCCAGUGAUGUUCUCUCUCACAUGGGACAUGGCAUGUCGGGUCACCUUACCUGGCGACAAGGAGAUGGUGAUGCCAGGCGAGGACACCUCGCUGACCUUGACCCUGCGGCAGCCCAUGGUGGUGGAGAAGGGCCAGAGGUUCACGCUACGAGACGGAAACAAAACCAUCGGAACCGGCCUGGUGACUGACAUCAUGCCAGUUUCGGAGGAGGACCUGCACAACUGGGGCUAAAAGAGCACUGGGGGGGG